AAGAACUUUUUUUUCCCCCUACGUUUUCAAUUGAAGCUUAACCGUGACAUUAAAAGAUUAAAAAUCGCCUCCUUUCAUUUAGUUCCUACUGUCCACCUCCUGCUUCCAACUUGACUGCAAAGAUCCAGCUGUUCCUUCAACAGGAAACGUUUUGCCUUCCCCAUUGGUACGUCCAGCCUGUUCAGGGACCAAUCACGUUGGGGCUUCGCCGCACUCAACGUCCUUGUGGACAACUGUGGAGCUGAGCUGCGCGUGGAAUCCCACGCAGAAGUGCAAAAGGCAACGCGCUUUGGAGACAGGUGCGUUUACCUUGCUGGGAGUCUUUACACGGCAGAGAAUCUUUUCCACUUUUCAAGGAAUUCACAGGAAACCCGCUGAAUGUUUACCUUGUUCCGUACGAAUCCUAAAAAUGAGGGGAGCGACAAAAAUCGCGAGAGCUUGAGUCACUUCUGUUCAGUUUUGCCAACUUUGUGCAGCAGACCGUCCGAUCCACUUCAGUCCGAGCGGACAGAGCAGCGGGAGCAGCAGCAGGAGGCAGAGGAGUGCAGAAGGAGGCUGGAUGAAGCAGGAGACGGGCAACUGAGCUUCAGCGAGCCGGGUACCCGCUUCCCCAUUCCGCAGCUGUCCCCCAAUGUCACCGGACAGGAUGAUGAUCAUUGGACUUUUGCUCAAUGUCUUUUCUCAGGGCAGUGUUUCAGUAUCUGCAUCCUUCGACUGUCUAGUGGCGGAGCAGGGCUGUGUCCAGGAGCCGUCCUGCAAAGGCAUCUAUCGCCUGCUGGAGUACUGUGCGGCGGAGGAAGCCGUGUCGCCACUCAGUUCAGAUGCCCGCCUGGAGUGCCUGGAGGCCCAAAACUCACUGCAGCAUUAUCGCCCCCUUCAAGUCUGCAAGUGUCAGCGGGGCUCUCGCAGAGAGGAGCACUGCCUGAAGGUUUACUGGACCGUGAGAUUCGCAGCGUACGAUGAGUAUGAAGUGUCCCCAUAUGAAGAGCUGAAGCUGAAUCUGGUGAGAAACAUAGAGGUGUCGCGAAUGGCCUCCAUUAUGGCAGCUUCCUCUGUUGUCAUGGACGGCCAGAACCAGUGCCUGAAGGCCGCUCAGGACUGCGGCCUGUAUGAGAAAUGUGGCUCCCUGCGCUCAGAGUAUGUGGUAGCUUGCACCAAGCGAGCAACAGCCACCGACAACAGCUGCAACCGCCAGAAAUGCCACAAAGCCCUGCGGCGCUUCCUGGAGCGUGUGCCGGAGGAGUACAGCUUCGCUCUGCUUUUCUGUCCCUGCUCUGACACUCUGUGUGGGGAGCGCCGGAGGAAAACCAUUGUGCCAUCAUGUUCCUUUGAGGAGAACGCAAGAGGGGAGGAAAGAGUCGGCAAGCCCAACUGCCUCAGCCUCCAGAACUACUGCUCCAGAGACGAGCUGUGUAGAUCCCGGUUUGCAGAUUUCCAACAGAACUGUCAGCAGUCCUCUCUUUCUGCCUCUGGCUGUAUGCGAGAGAGCAGAGCCAUGUGCCUCAAGGCUUAUACCGGACUCAUAGGAACCAUCAUGACUCCCAACUAUGUGAGCAACAGCAGCACGGAGGUGUCCCAGUGGUGCUCAUGUGAAGGCAGUGGGAACGAACUGCAGAGCUGUCAACGCAUCCAGAAUCUGUUCGGCAACAACAUGUGUCUACGCAAUGCCAUCAGCUCCAUGGGAAUCUCAGCGCCUCCUCCGGUGGAACACACUCCGGUGCCAGUUUCUCAGCCCUCCCCUCGCGUCUUCCAGGAGAGGGUCCACGUUGGCGUCAACACGCUCCCUGAAUUCAACAGCAUGGAGGACAGUGACCAAGAGGAGGAACAGGAAGAGGGAGCAAAUGAGGAGUUCAACGUCAUCCCGCCAUACUCUGAGAAGGACUCCGACACCGAAUCAGGUGCCAGAGGGAGUCAGAGAGGAGAAGCCAGCCAAGCGGAGCUCGCUCUGCCGUUGCUGCUGCUGCCAGGUCUCUUCUUGAACUGGGAAUGCUGGAACGACUGAAGACUCGACUUUUCUUUCAGCUUAGAGUUUGCAGUCACUAUCGGUGUCAAAUUCAUUGCAGCCCUCACUGUGAACCACAGUCGACGGUUAUGGAAAAGACGUGUAAAUGCCUCCAAAAAAAUGUUUGUGUCCUUUUCCUCCGAACACUGUAAAAUAUCCCAACUUGUUUUAUUUUAUUUUAUUUCCUUUCUGACAUUUAUAAGACAUUACUCAUCCUUCAGUUUAUUUGCUUAAGUGACCUUUCCUCAAUGUGAGUACAUGGGUGAAUUGCAAAGUGCUGUUUGGGCAGAAGCUAUAUCUGGAGCCUUCCUGUCUUUUAAAAUAAAAAAGUAAUACACAGUACUUCACAAAAAAGCAUAUCACCCAGGGCUAACAUACGCCACACACUCUCUGGAAAACCAUACCCAGUCUACUCGACUGCAACGAGGCGGGAGCGCAGCUUUUGAUUUCUAUUUCAUAACUCGUGUCGCAUCCAUUUCUCUGCUGCUCCUUUGGCUCUUCCUCUAGCUUUAUCAUGCUAAAAAAAAGCAACAAUCCGCUUUAGAACAAGCUAAUAAAAGAGGAAGCAGCAUUUCAACCAUUUUGUGAAAAAUAAAAAAGGAUCUCUUAAAAAUUGCUUCAUUUGACAAGACGGGGAUGAGCUUCAAAAUGAUGCGCCGUCACGUUUUGUAUGCUUGUUCUAACUCCACUCGCCAAAAAGCAUGACAAAAGUCACUUCGCUCUUUUAUUUUUACAUUUUUUUUUUUUGUUAACACACCACUUAGCAUUGUUCCUCCUGCACCAAGCGGCUGAGAACUCAACCGCAGGCGAAAGUAAUGAGAUCAGAUUCCAUUGUAGAAACGGUGUUGGGAGAAAAGCAACAUAAGCAAUUACUGCAUGAUUCAAAUUGCUCCCAUGCAGGGGGGAGAGUCUGGAGUAAGGCUCACGGGAGAGAAAAGGCAAUUUGCUGCUGUCGUAGCCUCUCACUUUUUUAUCCUUAGGAGAUCUAGUUUUAGUGCUCCUUCCCCAACAUGUACUUUAGAUGUUUUGGAAGCAAAAUGAAGCGAUGCGGACGGACAUAGGAGGCUGAAGAGCCUGCUGGCUGCUCUCGUCACCGGCCAGCACAUCCAGCCAUUCUCUCUGCUUGAAAUAUCUUUUGCUGAUGUUAAUGGUUUUUCCUCUUACGGCUCAUUUUCCUGUAGAAUUAAGGAGCUGCGGAUUCAGAGGUGAAAGGAAGUUUUCGUAGAGAGAUAGAUAUAAACCAGUCUAAUUUCAAAACGUGUUUGAAAGAAAUAACUAAACCAAGUUCUGUAAAGAUUUUUGGGGUAUUUUUGCGUUUGAACUCAGUAUUUGCAAUGGUUGAACUGAAAUUCAUCGGUGAUGUCUGUGGGUCAUUCAGGAAAAGGCUGAAUGACCCACAGCUUUUUUGAAGUGUAGUGUCUGGUCUUGUUUACUUGACAGGUUAUUAAAAUGAAGACUUAACUUUGGAUGCAAACUGACAAGGACAGAAAUGUACUGAAAGCCAACAAGCAGCGCUUCCCUGAAUCCAGCUCCAUCUUUCUUCACAUUUUCUAGAAGUCAACGUUAAGCUUUAAUUGGAUUUUGUGAGUUUAGUAAAUACGACUUGGCUGUUACAUGCUUUAGGGCAAAGUGACAUCAUGCUGUUUUUUUUUUUUUUGACCAUUCCUUGCAGAAAACGGCAAAGUGGAUGGACGACUCUUCAGUUUGCUAAAGCUCCAAAGUCCAAACCAGAAAAACUGAAAUACAGUAUCAGACUGGGCAUCAAAAGGUUGUGUUUGGUUUUAAUAAUGUGAUCAUGAGCGUUCUGAGCUAAAUAUGGUGAUGUAAUAGUGAACUAUAAAUCAGUGUCAGAAGCUCAUGUAGGGUUCGGGUUCUCUGUUCCUCUCAGUGAUCCCAAGCAUGGUCAACAUGGUCCCAAGCAUGGUCAUGGUCAAAAGGAACUGGACUUGGUUUUAGAUCCUUAAAGAUGUUUUAUAUCAGUUUCAUUUUAAUUCUCAUUUAAGGCGUUUUCUCAGUUUAAGCACACUUUCUUGGUCAACUACAAACUUUGUGGGCCUAAAGCCCAUUCAGGCAAAUUAGGAGUAGAAAAUGCUGGAUUAUUAUAUUAUAUACUUCCACGUUAUAAUUGUAGUCCACUUAACUCAAUCAGAUGCUGAAGACUGUUUUCUUGACUGCGACCACAUUUCUGUCCCAACUGAAGUUCCAGUUAAUUGUUCCUCGACAUCUGAAUCAACACAUGUAGAGUCAUCAAUAAUCUCAGACCUGCUAAUAUUUAGCUUUCACCAUAUUUCCCCCAGAAAUAUUUUGACAGAACUCACAGAAAAUGUUUUGCUGCUUCACAAACACGGAACAUCUUAAAAUCUAAAGACUAGUUUGUCAGCUAAACUUGAACCUGGUGUGAGCAUCCGCAUCCACCAAAGCUUUUCAUUUGAAAUACAAUAUCCUACCAAAUAUUCCACCCUGCAGUUCUUUGUGAUUGCACUACUGCAUGCACUGAAACUGACAGCUGCAAUUCGAUAUGUUGUCCAGCUCAAGGUUCUGUAACCAGAAAAGACGGUGAGAAAUGCCAAUAAGUGCAGCAACGACUAGUUAAAAUCUAAUUUCAACUAAAGAGUUGUCAUUUUGUGUUGAGAAAAACGUUGACGAAACGUGAGAGAGAAGUACAGCAGUCAAAACAGUUCCUUUUAUUAGAAAUGGUAACAUCAAAAUAUCAAAUAUGGCUGACCUACACAGUUUUGCAAGCCAUGCACAAGCCAGUAGGCGGUUAUGUAAAUAAACAUAGGCAUACACCAACAACAGAGGAAGUUAAGUCAGGAACUCUGAUCAGAUCCACUGAGGGAUCAGAAUCAGAAACCGAGUCCGGUAGACUCAGUUCGAUCGGGGACCAAGAUUGCAACAUUUGUUACAUCAUCAGGUGGUGGUUUCACAUUUCUCCGUGCCAAACAAACCAAACUCUUUCAGAAACCUAUUUACCCCCUCGCUUCUGUUGGCUCGACUCCAAGAACCACUGACGGAAACAACACGAAAACGUCUGAAGAAGACAAGAGCGCAACUUCCUUCUUGACAAAGUAAACAAAAAUGGAAUGGUGUCAAAUUUCAGAGGCUCUAGAGUUUCUCUUUUAUUUUUUGGCAACGGAUUACGAGUCAUUUUUCCUACUAGCGCUAGACUUUUGACUCUUGAACGUCAGGAACUGGUACCCAGUCUGUUUUUUGCAUUUUCGUCUUAUGAGCUUUUGUAUAUUUUGUCAGUACAUACCGUUUGUUUAUAUUUGUAAACAUUAAUGUCUCGCAUUGGUUCUGUUUGUUGAAAAACUCUACAUUUAUAGAAUCUAAAUCUUCAAAGAACUGUGUAAAUACCUACCAAAUUAGACAGUUUGUAGUUUAUAUCAUAAAAGUAGUAAGACCAUGUACAGCACUGUUUCACAUGCUAAAUUUAUUGUAAAAACAUAUCAAACAUAGCAGAUGUUUCCGUGUAUUUCCUGUAAUGUUGUGCCAUAGACAAAAAAAGUAUGUCAGUUUGUUUACAGAAUAAAAAGUCUCAUUAAAAUGUGUUCUUGUCUAACACA